AUUCACUCCCAUCAACUUUUUCGGCGAGAAUACAUCGAAGGCGGGCCCGUCCGGUUUCAAGGCACCGAGACCCCCACCCACUGAAACCAAGGAAGUGGAGAAGUCUAGCAGACCCUGCGGCAUGGUCGAGGUGUUCGCCCCCUCAUACCCGCCAUCGCCGGUCCCCUCCAACGGCUCCCGCGACCCUCCGCCGCCAAACCCGGACGUGUACGAGUUCGACAAACAGCUCUCAACUAGCCAAAAUUAAUACCAAACAAAAAGAAGUUGGGAACGUACUUAGUGUCAGCUUGGUACCUGAGGACGAUAUAUAUAAGAAGCGGAAGAAUUUGAUAGAUAAUCUGACGAAUAGUCCAGCGCUGUUAAACAAGAUUUUCAACUCCUUACCGACAGAACUUCAGAACGAGCUUGGGAGCUUGGCCACGGAGGGGACUGGGUGGGAGGAGGCUUAUUUGGACGAAAAGGCGGGGACGGUCUUAAAGGCACCCACGUACUAUCCUACGGCUGAGGAGUUUGAGGAUCCGAUAAAAUACUACGACAAAAUCGCCCCCGAGGCCUCAAAAUACGGCCUCUGCAAAAUAGUUCCCCCUGAAAACUUCAAACCAACAUGCACGAUGAGCGACACGAUCCGCUUCGCGGUCAUAUACCAGUACAUCUCCAAGAUGUUCAGCCGCUGGGGCCCCGUGUCCAGGGAGCUGGCUGCCAUCAAGGCGCACCUGCGGACCCAGAGCGUCGUGUUCGCGCGGUCUCCCCUCUUGGACGGCAGCGAAGUGAACCUCCCCAGGCUAUACCACGCCGUGGAACGCAACGGCGGUCUCAGCAACGUCAUACAACGCAUGCGGUGGGGCCGCGUCGCCGACGAGAUGAAGCUGACCAAGUUGCAGCACCCGGAGCGCAAGCUGGACCCCAUAUACAUGCGAUAUCUGCUGCCCUACGCCACGUUGUCCGAUCAGGAACGCCAAAGUAUAAUGGCGGAAGUGGAAAAAUGCUGGACCACCAAGUACCAGAAGAUGCUAGAACGGGCCCGCAAUCCCUUCCAGCGUCAGAACCGGAUGCUGGGCACCGAGUGCGAGUCGGAAUCUGACGACGAAGGAGAGGAUGGAAACACAGCUGGUGCGCUCCAAGAGGCAGAGGACUGCAUAGUGCAGGGGCGCACAAUGAACCUCGUCACAUUCAAAAAAGUCCUGGCGCGGAACCCGAACAACGUGCUCCGCUACCUCGGCCCAGUGCUGGGCGUGACUGUGCCCACGCUCCACCUCAGCAUGCUGUUCAGCACCUCGUGCUGGCACCGCGACCCCCACGGCCUGCCCUGGACCGAGUACAUGCACAGCGGGGCCGAGAAGAUAUGGUGCGUGCACUUGUGUGUGUGUGUGUGUGUGUGUUUGUGUGCGUGUGUGUGUGUGUGCGUGCGUGCGUGCGUGCGUGCGUGCGUGCGCGUGGUAAUGUUUAUAGCAAAUAAAAUAUUCUUAUUCUGUAUCAACUAUAGUAGGUAGUGACUGCCAUAUAUACUUUGUAUCUUUAGGUAUUUAAAUAAAAGUAACCUAACUAUUCUAAUCAAAAUUAAUUUCAAUUGGAAGAAACGUAGGUAGGUUACAUAUUUUAAAAUAUUUGUAUGUAUUUAUUUAUAUAUGUAGUUAGGUAUGUCUUCUUCUUAUGGUGCCAUAUCCUAUCGGAUGUCGGCGAUCAUCAUGCGAAAGUUUUCUCUAAUCUUUGCCGUUCUAGAAAGAGUGGCGGCGUUCUUUUUUUUUUUUUUUUAUUCUUUUAUUAUUUAGGGACUUACAAUCCUUAAUGAUUAUGUCAGCCCCAUCGUACCUUAAUCAAUAUUACAGUCAAUAUUUAUGUUAUAGUCUUAUAUCUACUUAAAUAGUCUAACACAAAUAAAUAAAUUUGUUUGGCCGCAACUGACGAAGGCUCUGCCAAAAUACACUGGAAUCCACCCAUAUCCAACCUAUUCAGACUGAGUAAGCGAAACAGAGCUAAUCUUUCGCCUUCAUUCCGUACACAUUCCGUCAAAACAUGCUGAACGUCUUCUAUUUUAUUGCAGGCCUCACAGUUUGGCGAUGGUUCUUUUUUCAUCAAGUAAGCAAACUUGUUAAGCGGAAUGUGUCCAGAACGUAACCUUAAAGCUAUCUUAAUUAAUUUCCUACUUAAAUCUGCUUUUGUGAACCAAGGUAUAUGAGGAGGUUCACAUUGCAUAGUUUUGUACCACACACCUUUCUCCUUGCAACGUUCGUCAAAAUGUUCCUUCCAGGUACAUCGUGUUUUUCUACUAUAUAUAUGUAGUUUUUCUGUAAACUCUGGAGUAACAUAUACCUCCGCCCCUCUCGUGCAGGCAGCUUUGGCUAACUUGUCAACCUCGUCAUUACCUCUUAAUCCUAUAUGUGAGGGAAUCCACUGCAAUCUCAGCACCAUAUCGGCAGGUAUUCUUCUUAAUUUCUGUAGCACUGUGUACGCUAGCGCUGUGCCUCUGGUGCCAGAGGUGCAGCGAGCUACAUGCUGCAAGGCACUUUUGCUAUCUGUCAAUACAACUUUUGUAAGUUUUGAACUAACUGCAUAUGAUAUGGCUUCUGAGAUGGCAAAUAGUUCAGCCGACAUAAUACAUAUUUCUGACGUUAUUUUAUAAGAGUUGUUUACAUUACAUAUCGGGUCAUGGUACGCAGCUCCUAAAUUGCUUUCGCUUUUGGACCCAUCUGUAUAGAUUGUGUGCCAAUGCUUGUAUUUUUCACUUAAUUCACAUGAGACGAUAUUCCUAAGAUCACAAGGGUAGUAUGUAUUUUUCGGAUGCUUAGCUACACCUAAAUCUGUGAUAAUUGCAUCUUUGACAUCUAUAUUUGAGACCCAGGUUUCUAAACAAAACAUCUUAAGAGGAUUCGACAUAGAUAUCCUUUCAUCUUUAAUAUCAUGGUAGACAGUCAUUAGAAGUGGAGUUUUCUUUUUCCUCCAGUACCGAUUCUGAGAUGAAACGUCUAGCAACAUUAAAAGUUCUACAGUAUUGUUCUUUGUCCAUGUUAGACACUUUAAACAAUAUUUAUAAGCUAAAAAGGAUCUGCGUAAAUAUAGGGGUAGUAGACAAAGCUCACUUUCCAUCACGUGAAUUGGCGUUGAUUUAAUAAAACCGCCAAUUAUUCUUAACGCUUGAUUUUGAAGCCUGUCUAACUUUAUUACAUGUGACUCAGCACUACAAUCAUAAAGGAAACAUGCAUAGUCCAGUCUACUUCUGAUUAAAGCUAUGUAUAACCUUCUCAAAUGUGACGGGUGAACUCCCCAUGACGGUCCUGUCAAAACUUUAAAUAUGUUCAAGUACUUAGAAAUGUUCACCCUCAUCUCAUUUAUAUGUAAACUAAAUAAUAAAGCCUUAUCUAACCAGAAUCCUAGGUAUUUAACUUUGUCCACUGUACGAAUCGGGUUAUUAUUAUGUUUCAAAUCGAUCGACUGUACUUUGCGUCCACGAGUAAAUAAACAAACUUUAGUUUUGCUAGCUGAUAUCUCUAAACCUAAUUGUUCAAACAUCUUUGUAGUCUCAUUAAGUGAAUUCUGGACCAGAAAAAUACUCUCGCUUAAACUGUGAGAUUUUUUUGUAUAUGACAAAGUCAUCUGCAUAUUGUGAUAACAUUACGUUUUUAGUUAGUUUUGCUAUUCUAUGUGUGACUAUAUUGAAUAACAAUGGGGAUAUAGGAUCACCCUGAGCCAGGCCCCUACUACACCAUCUGACAAACCUAUCUGUGGUCUCACCUUUUAUUUUCAGUUUUCUAUUACUCAGGAACUCCCAUAAGUAGGUACAAAGUUUAGAGCCAACAGAUAAAUUAUCUAAUGUGGAAACCACUUUUUCUAUAAGAACAUUGUUAUAAGCACUGUCUAUAUCUAAAAAGCAUGCUAGGGUUGGCAUCCUCUCUGAGAAUCCCAGUUGUAUAUAUGUGGUUAAGCGAACCAAGGAAUCUAUACAAGAUUGGCCUCUUCUAAAACCCGUUACAGACUCAGCAAAUAUUUUAUUUUUCUCUACGUACCAUUCUAACCGUUUAGCAAGCAUAACAUGAAAAAUUUUACAUAUGCACGAGAUUAAAGAUAUAGGACGUAACUUAGUCUCAGAAUUAUUGUGGUUUCCGGGCUUGGGAAUAGGCACUACCUGCACACUACGCCAUUGUUCGGGUACGGCUGACUCCUUAAACAUAAGAUUAUAUAAUUUUAGCAAAUAUUUUUUGGCACUCAAGGGCAGGUUGAAUAUCAUAGAAUAGGUUAUUUCGUCUUCACCAGGAGCAGUAUCUUUCUUUUUUAGACAGCAUAAUAAUUCAUGAAUUUUAAAUUCUUGUUCUAACUGUGCAUUUACGGAAUAGAAAAUUGGUUUAGGAGUUGUUACGGAGUCGGGUGCUAAACAACAUAGUAACUCGUUCUUUUUGUCAUCAGAAACAGCUAAUGAAUUGGCCCUGACGCCUUUCAACCAUCGCAUCUUCUUCCAUACCUCUGACGAGGUGGUAGACUCGCUUAGAUCAUCGCAAAAUUGGUGCCACCCUUUAGCUUUAGCUUCACUUAUUAGUUUUUUGCUCUCAAGGUUUAUUUUUUCAAAUAUAUUUAAGUUUUGUGGGGUGGGAUUUUUUCUAAAUGUUUUCAAUGCUAAACGUCUUUGUGCAACUUUCAUUGACAACUCUGGACACCAAUAGUGCUUUGGCGUAAAUCUUUGUAUAGGGCCCCUGUACAAUUUGAUUCUUGGAAUGUGUUUAUUCGCGGACUCAUUGAUAAGUGCUAGAAAUGAAUCGUAUAAUGCUUGUAAGUCCGCAGUAGCACUAAACUGACUUGGUAGAUGUUGCGCGAUGUACUCACGGUACGCCAUCCAGUCUGCAUUUUUAAAAUUACGUCUAGAAGACAUGGAAGACAUGGUUGAAUUAUAUUGCACAAAGAAAUUUAUCAUCAGGUGGUCACUACCUAAACUUUCAUGAGUUACUUUCCAAUUAAAAUAAAUGGCAAUAUCAGAAGAUACAAAUGUAACAUCAGGUGCAGAUUCUUGUAGUACAUUGUUGACUAAUUUUAUUCUAGUGGGACUGCCGUCAUUAAGUGGGAUAAAUGCGUGAUCCAAUGAUGAGUCCGCUAGUUGUAUGCCUCUGGUGUCAUUUUUAUGAGACCAAUUCGUGUGAUGUCCGUUUAGGUCACCCGCUACCAAUGUUAGCUUAGUAAAUCUCGAGAAAAUGCCAUCCCAGUCUUCACGCCUAGUUCGUACAGAUGAUGGACAAUAUAUGGACAGUAUAUUUUCUAAAUACUUACAGUUCAAGAUUUUUACAUGCAAUACUUCAAUUCCUGGGUUAUCACUAAUAUAUGAGCUUACAUGUGACGGAAUGGAUUUAUGCACAAUUAUAGCUACACCUCCAUAGGUAUCAUCUCGGUCACAACGAUACACAUUAUAUCCACUAAAUUUGAUCUCGGUACCAGUCUCUAACCAAGUUUCACUUAAUAUAGCUAUAUGUACUUUCUCCUGAUUUAAAAUAGUUUCGAACUGUAAACGUUUAGGUCGUAUACUUGUGCGUUCCACUGUAUUAUAUUAAGCUUCGACUUUUUAUCCAUGGCAGAAACUAGAAAUUAUACCCCUAAGCAAGUCCCCAUUUCUAAAAGUGUUUAGAACAAAAUUAGUCACGCCUUCCAUAAUUAACUGAAGCACAAGGUUUAUCUUUUCUUCUACAGUUGAGUCAGACAUAAAAAUUUGUUUGGCUCUAAUCCAAAACACAGCCCAUGAAAUCGACUCUCUUCUCUCACUACGGCUUUGUUGUGACACAGAAUCCUCUUCUGUUGUCAUAUAGGAUUCGUGGUUUUCUUCUCUUUCUAUUUCUCCUUCUGCUUUGCUCUUUUGGGUUUGAGGUCUUUUCGGCUCCUUACUUGUAGAUUUCUUGGGUUUCAAGUUUGACUUACUUUUAUGGCUCUUCACUGCAUUAUCUUCUUCUUCAUUAACAUCCUGGACCAUUUCUGAGUCCAUAUUCUGUCUAGUUCCAGUUUUCAGUGCGUUCCGGUAACCACUAGAACCAGCGCUGGCUAGCUCUGGCACCUUACUGCAUUCGUUGACUAAUAUUGUUUCGACUGUCUUGGCACUUUCCUGUGGCAAAUUUUGUUUCUCCUUCAAUAGUGUAUCUAACGCUACUCGGUACGUGCAAUUAUUCUCAGUCAUUAUUCUUCUGAUUCUUCGCUCUUUGAGAUAUGCCGGACAGCAUUUGUUAAGCGCCAUGUGGUCCCCUUUACAAUUGACACAUUUGAAGACAGUGAUUUCGCAAUUUUCAUGGUCACCUCCACAUUUAGGACAUAUUUUCUUCUUACUUGGACAAUGUCUAACAAGAUGGCCGAACUUCCAGCAACCCGAGCACUGAGUGACUGAAAAAUAGUUUAGUUCCACCUUUAUCCCACAGCCAUAUGCACGAACAUACGGGGGUAAGGUUGAAGACUGAAAACAAACUCUCAUGGUCUCACUGUCAACCCAUUUUCCUGUUUCGUCAAGGCGCUUCAGUCUCUUUGCCGAAACUAUUUUAUAAAUGCACUCAAAAUUGUUCACUACUUCCUCCUCCGUUACGUCAAAAUCUAUUUGUCUCAAUAUUCCAUAGGACAGCCUUACCUCGCUCGUCAGCUGACAUCUAUAUCCAGAUUCAUUAAAUUUUGCCGACGUAAGAAGUUUAUUCGCGUCAUUCCUGUUAUUAAAUUUAAUCAGAACCUUGCACUGAUUUUUAAACGAUAUUUUCUGAACGUUUUGAAUGCCUUCGGAUCUCAGCAACUUAGCCAGACCGAUUUGUUUAGGUAAAUUGUCCUUAGACGUAAGACAAACCUCACAUUCCUCUAAGGUCGGUUGAAUGCUACCAUUUUCCCCCGAUGUAGGCGGACCAAGGUCAGAAGACAAACGUCGAAUCAGUCGUUUUGCCCUCCUUCUUCCUUCCACUAACGUAAAACCACCCUCCCCGUCAUUCUCAUCUGUGUCGUCACUACCGUUUCUUGGCCUCUUUUCCACGCGUAAUAUCGGUAAUUGCACCAUAUCUGAACUUCCCUCUCUAUUCCAAUCGUUCAACAUUUCUUCAUCCUCCGGGCGUUCUACUAUAUCUUCAUUCCUGUCGUCAAGCUCACCAUACUUAUUAACCUAUCGAAUGAGCUAAUGGUUUUACGGAUACUGGAAAGCGAUAUGUAAAUGUACUACAUACCUAUACGAGGCCUGGAUGUUAGUGAGAUGACGAUAUGAGUUGUGCUGGUGUCCGACUUUAUUACCUACAUAUAACAUGAGUAUCACAUGAUUAUCCACCUGGUUUCUUGAGCUUAAUAGUCGCCUCCAAACCUCCCCUUAUAGCGACCCCUUUCCUCACACAAAGUUUACCUUAAGUUCAUAUUAGCCUCACUGGAUCACUGUUCACUCUGAGUACUGAUAACGUUGGUCACAAUAUACUAGAGACACAUCAUUAUUCUAAUAACACCAUAAGAACGUUCUUGACUUGAUCUAAAAGCAAAUAUCACUGCCGCGUCGAUCUGUUCGCACACAACCUCCUUUUUCCUACUGUCGUUCUCAUCUACCCUCUCACCUUCCCUCAAAAAAUCCCAAUAACCUCGAAGCGGUUACUUAAGUUAAACGUGACUACUAGCGCCAUCUACUCCAUGACGUUGGCAAAUAUUAGCGGGUUCGCAAUACGUUGGCGACACUCCCGCCCAGAAAGAAAAUGCUACUCUUAAUUGAAAUUAGAUGUCUAUAGGCAAA